GUACGAAUCAUCGCAUCGCAUUGCAUUGCACAAAGACCAACGAAUGCUGCUUCAGAAAAUGUAAAAAGCCACGCUCAACUCAAAAACUCGCUUCUCAUAAAAAAUCGUUUUUCCUAUUUUUGCUUCUCUCCCCACUCUUCCUCCCCGCGCGGAGAAGAGAGAGAGAACACGAUUUUUUCCCUCUUCCACCAAAAAUAGCUACGAAAGAGGGUAAAAUACUAAAUUCCUCUUCCUCUAUUUUUCUUCUACUAGGGUUUUCUCUUCCGCCAUUGAUGGCAUCACCUUAAGCUCCCGCCCCUUCUUCUCCACAGGCAUUGCCCUCAGAUCACUUCCAUUCCCCAAUUCCGCUCCGAUUCCGUCGUUUCUAGGGUUCUCGUCGAUCCAGAUCAGAAGAGUAGCUACGAGCUGAAGCUGAAACUGAUUUGAAUUAUUGUGUUGUUCAGGUUUGCGGCUUUUUUAUUUUAUACUUUUUCAUUCUCGAUGGUAUGUUCCCUUGGGAUUGGAAGAAUGGAAGUCAUGGCAAAGUUUCUAGCUGCUGGGAGUUUCUCCCAAACCAUUGCAGAUGACUUUGGCAGGUCAGCUGCUGAGUAUAUUUGCAGAGAACUACGUGAGGCAGAUGAAGCAAAUUUACUUGAUGAAGAAGAUAUGCAUGUGUAUGGUCAGAGUCCUAUGACUGAUCUAUUGCAGCUGGUAUGCUGUAACUUUUGCAAGAAACCAAUCAAGGAUAGCCAGUAUGCCAGUCAUGCAGAACUUUGUAGGUCAUUAAAGCUUACAGAACAAACUAGCUUGGAGCUUGAUGGCAGCACAGGGAAUCGAAAACCUCCCAGGAAAGAAAAGAAAAAGUUAUCAACUUCAUGUGCACCUGCUGCAGUUCGGGAGCAGAGGAAAUAUGAAUCUAUGGAUAAUAUUGAUACUGGUGCAUCACAAUCACCCUUGAACAGUCAAGUCAGAGUGACUGCCUUCUCAAAUGUAGCGAAAGAUGCGACACCUAUGAUGGAGGAUACAAGAACUAAUCCUGGAAAUAGAGAUCACCCAGCUUCUGUAAUGAAUCCUCCAACUAAACGUCGUAAAGCGACAGCCAGCACAUAUCUACCUUUACCCGAAACUCAUGUAACAGAAUAUGGAGUGACAAAAACUGCGAGCUUCACAGAUGGAUUUACAUGCAAGGAUUUGCUUGACAGAACUGUUUCUGAACAUGAAGACCUCAACCAGAAAAACCUUGGGCUGGUCCAUGAGCAACUCACGGCGAAGAAUGAUUUUCCUGCACCCCUUGCUACAAAGAUAUAUUAUUCACAAAGGAGAAAUCGAUUGCGUGCUUCAAUUCGUCAUCUAUAUUUCCAGAACAUGUGUGAGGAAUUACAUCAUGAUGUAAGUCAAAAGAUGUCACCAGUGCAAGAUUCAAGUCAAAUGAACCCUUCAUUUGAAAGAAUGGAUAAUGUGCCGAACAAGGAGAGCAAUUCACCAGCCUUGUGUCAGGCACAAAAUUCUUGUCAGAUUCUUGCAAAAAGCUCAGAAAUAUCCAUGCUUAAAGAAGGUCCGCCAAGUGGUGGCUUGUCGAAUCAGUUUCUUGUUGAUAAUGUUUCAAGGUCUGCAGCUACCCAUACGGGUUUGACAAGAAGCAACUUUCUUUCAAAACCUUAUUCUUUUGCUAGCAACACAGGAAAUCCUCUCGGAACAAUACAACAACCAAACGGGAGUGUUCCUGUGAUUUAGUAACUUCGAUGGGAUUUUUUUGCUAGGUGGUACAGGUAACCAAUACGAGGUUAGGAUUUAGCUCCAUUUUUGAAGCUGAUAGAGUAAAUUACUCAAAUUGUGCAUCCUGUCAUCUACUCUGUAAAUGAAACUUACCUUUGUUAUAUAAUGGUUGGAAAUGAAGAAAUUAUUAAUUCUGUGUUCAAAUUU